AUGUGGAAAAAGAUUGGUAAUGGGCAAAAUACAUAUCUGUGGUUUGAUAAAUGGUCGAAUGAAUGCCCGUUAUAUCAUGUAGUUACUCCGCGUCAAUUGGCUCGUUAUGGAUUUUCGGUUAUGUCAAAAGUUACAGAAGCUUUUAUAAAUGGUCGCUGGGAGUGGCCGGAAGAAUGGAGGAGCCAAUAUCCGAGUUUGUUUCAGCUCCAGCCGUUAACGUUAUCUAUCACGCAAGAUAGGGUGGUAUGGAAGAAUUUUGAAGAAAAGCUUGUCCCGUUUUCGUCUAGAGAAGUGUGGGAUACUAUCCGGACUCGUGAUCAGCAGAUUCGGUGGUCGAAGGUAAUCUGGUCCGCCUUUAAUAUUCCUAAACAUGCUUUCAUGACUUGGCUGAUAUUUAAAAAGAAAUUGUGGACUCAAGAUAGAAUUCUGAGGUGGAAUCAGUUAGUUACGGGUUCUAUGAAUUUGAUGUGUUGCUUAUUAUGUCAUACGGGUUUGGAAACACAUGAGCAUUUGUUUUUUGAAUGCCCCUACUCGUCAUCAGUUUGGCAUAAGGUUCGGCAGAAAAUAGACAUGGAUAUGGCUUCGGACUCUUGGGAGGAUAUCUCGGAAUGGUUAAUCUCCAGAGCAAACUCGAAAACGGUUGUUUCAGUGGCAGGUAGAUUGAUAGUGGCGGCCGCAGCUUAUGUUAUUUGGAGUGAAAGAAACGCUAGAUUUUUUAGUAAUCGAUUAAGACCUCCAGAGAAGACGGCUGAUAUUGUUAUUAGCACGGUUAGAACAAAGCUGAUCUCCUUCAAGUACAAGCAAAGUUUGAAUGUUCAACGGUUCUUAGAAGAGUGGAAGAUGGAAAAGGAAGAAUUCUUGGAUGAAGACUGA